GGAAUCUGGCAAAUGUCCACUUGAAAGAAACACACUUACCGUUAGGUCAUGGUACUGUGUUGUGAGUAGCCAAGGAUCAUUUCCCGUGUUUGCAUUGUCCAAAGUCGGCACGUGCCAUGUGUUAUCUGACUUCACUGGACGAGAUGCAUGAAUUGAGUGAAGCAGGAGGAAAGUGAAUAUCAAAGAUCUGAUAAGACUGGAAACUGAAGUCUGGCACGUGCUUCGUUCACAUACCUCGAAUCUCAAAAUCAAGUGUCCCGACUUGAGUUCAGUUUCCUUCAAUAACAAAUUCAACCUCAGUCACACCAGCAACUCUUGAGUGGAUUGGUACAAUAGAUUGAUGGUGAUUUCUUCAUUCUUCUUGUUUCUUCAAUCUCUCAAAAUUGCGUAUUGUCAGAAUAAAGAUGCCACCACGAUUUCCUCCCCGCGUUCCGCGCGAACAUAUCAACAAUCUUCCGCCGAUGACUCAAGACGAUCUUGAUACCGCACGCAAAGAGUUUCCUGACGAAAAGCUUGCAUCGUGUGCGCUAGAAAAGUAUGCGAAGAAGCAUUGGAUUGAAGGUCGCUACUUUUGGAAGGAUGGUUUUCGUUACGUCUGUGGCUCUGAUAUUCGAUACUUUACAGCCAUCGUUCCUAGAUUCGAGAGGAAAGAUAGCUGUGACCCCCGAAAGAGAACAUACCAUGUUGCCAAAAAUACUCCGACAUUAGACAUGAUUGAUCGACCAAAGAAAAAAGGACUUCAGCGCUUGGUAGCACAUCAGAGUGAAAGCAAAUGGGCAUUGCCUCGGGAUCAUGACCGACACUUGUUGAAUUUUCCUCAAGAAAUCAUUGAUAUGAUCUCCCGCCGCAUUUUGUUAAUCGAGAAUCAUGCAAUCACACCGGAUGUUACAAAAUCGGACUGGGCAAGGGCGUUCAAGUCCCACAAGACCUAUUCCCUGGAUGGCGAGCAGAGUCUCAAAUCAGAACUCGGCUUUAAUACUGUCAUCACACGCCCUUGCAAAGAUCAAGAAGGAGCAUACUUUCAGCUUCGAAGAGUAUAUCGCCCCAGGAUAGACGCAACUCUAUUACGGGUGUGCAAAAGCUUCAGAGAUAAUGCAACUAAAUUGUUGUAUGAGGAAAACGUGUUCCACUUUACAACCAUGGAUUGGAGUGUAACCGGAAGUCCCCUUUCUUGGAUCGAUCACGAGAAUACACGCAGCUGGUAUAUACCUGGAACCGAAUUUUUCCAGCGCCCAUUGAGUGAAGCUUCGUUACUAUUAACAAGAAUUUGGGAGACAGGGCAAUUUGAAAGCUUCAAGCCAAAUUCCCUUGCCGUUACUGACGCCAUUCGCUUGAUUGAAAGCUUGAGGAGCCCAGCACUAAAGGAUUUCUCGUGUGCCUACAGCUAUCACGACCACUUUUUCCGAUUUCUCCAAGCAAUUGGGACAGAAAAGGCUAGAAUGCUAAAGACUUUGAAAUUCAGUGGAACAUUUGUUUUACACAUAUGUGACCGUCGCGGCUCCAUCCACAACCCUAAUAAUUCAACAAGAUCUUUGUGCUCUAAGGACCUGGUUGAUACCCUUUGUUUGUAUAUCCCAAUCAUCAAUAGGUUCUGUACCGGUUUGGAGAGACUGGUGAUUGAAGUGCAGAAAGACCCUCAUCCAGAUUGGUCGUUGCUACUCAACUUAGGGGAUCUGGACUCGGGCAGAAGUGUUCACCAAAAGUACAUAACCUCCUUGCUUGAAGGAGAGCUCCGAAAACUGAAGACAGUAAAAAUAUUGGAAGUCUAUCAAGUUUCCGAGGUCAAAGACGCCACCCCUGCAGCAGAGCCUUCAAUCGAUAAACCUGAGCCCAGAAAACUCAUGAUAAAAGAGACGCUUGAUAUCGCAGAACCGACAAUCGCAUGGUUUAGAGAUAGAGCUAGGGAAUUAGGCAACGAGAAAUGAGAAGAAUGAAACAGUAGCGACAUGGAAAUCUGUAUGAUCCCGUGAAUUUCGUCAUCAAGAACAUUUCACGUAUCUGGCAGGGAAGGAACUAAAUGGGAGAAGUUCUGAGGAAAGUACUUCUGCUUUCGGGGAUCUGUGAAGAUCUGAUAUGCAGCAUACAAAAAUGUGAAAUUGUAGCUGUAAUGGAGAGGAACUACACACAAUAACAAUGACUCGUGCUCGUUGACGUGAAGUUUUUCUCA